AUGUCAUCACCGGCGAGCAAAGUUGCACUCAUCCUCGGCGCUGGCCCAAACAUAGGCAAGCACGUCGCCGGCGCCCUCAGUGCAAAAGGGUACAAAGUCGCGCUGGCGUCUCGGACAAACCACGGCACGGCAGGAGACCAGAUCUACGUCCCUGUCGAUCUGGCCCGGCCCGACACUGUCGCCGGGGUGUUUGACCAAGUCAAGGAUCAACUCGGUGCACCACCGUCGGUGGUGGUUUAUAAUGGAGCGCUCCGUAUUCCCAACGACGCCGCGGACCCGUUGAGUACCUCCUCGUUCAAGAUCCAAGACUACGACGACAGCGUGGCCGUCAACACCACGUCGGCCAUUGUCGCCCUGCAACAUGCCGUGGCAGGGUUCCGCUCCCUCCCCCAGUCUCCGAAUGCCACCGCCGAAACCAAGACGUUCAUCUUCACCGGCAACAUUCUCAACGUGGUCCCGGUCCCGGGCGUCUUGACGUUCGGCGUCACCAAGGCCGCCACGGCGUACGCGAUUCGAAACCUGGUCGAGACGAAGGCGUAUGAAAAGGACGGCGUGAGAUUCUACUACGCGGACGAGCGUGCCGAGAAUGGCGGUCCGGUGUUCAAGGACAUCGACGGACCGGCCGCCGCUGUUGAGUAUCUCCACCUCGUCGAACAAAAGGAUCAAGGGCCGUGGUUACACACUUUCAUCAAGGGGAAGGGGUACAAGGAUUUCGGAGAGCGGCCUUGGACACCUGGACAGAAGUGA